CGAAAUUUUAAUUUUAUAAUCCAUUUCGGAAAACAAUAUUGGAACAUGUUACACCAAUCCCGUUACGCGUGUUUUUUCGUUUUAUUUUUAAUAAUAUUUACACAAACAUUAUGUCGUAAACACAAACAUGGAUACAAGCAUGUAUUGUCGUCAAUUGAGGGUAAAAUUGUGGGGGGUAAGCCAGUGGCUAUAGAGAAGUUCCCUCAUAUGGCGCAGUUGCUGAACGGCGGGUCGCUAUGUGCUGGAAGCAUCUUAUCGAGCUGGGCGAUCCUGACUGCGGCACAUUGCUUCGAAUUGCAACAAGAUCCAGAUGAUAUGGAAAUACACGUAGGAGCCAGAUAUACUUACGACGCCAAUGCUGACGUGUAUGAUGUGUGGUACUUCGUCGCACACGAGGAUUACAGCAAGGCCGUGCCGUUUUCGUGCGACAUCGCAGUGAUAUUUGUGAAACAACCCAUCAAAUUCUCCAAAAAGACAAAAAAGGCCGUUCUUGCGAACUCAGACAUAUGGAUGGUGCAGGGUGCAACAAAUUUUUCAGCUACGGGAUGGGGCUGGGUCAAAUACAACGGCCCGCUGUCCAGCCACGGCCUAAUGUCGACCAGUCUAGAAUACGUGCCACUGGACAAAUGCAUCCGGCAACACAACCUGAAUAUGACCGAGGAUAUGUUCUGUUUGUAUGGAAACGGAAAGUAUGACACGUGCAAAGGAGACUCAGGCGGCGGAGUGGAAUGGAAUGGGAUGAUAGUAGGAAUUGUAUCGCACGGUGAUGGCUGCGCUCGAAAAGACAAGCCCAGCGUCUAUUCCAACGUUUGGUACCUCAGGGACUGGGUGAAAAGGAGAAUGUUUGAAUUCCAAAAUGAAUUUUGCAAGAAGGCGCUUGCUGACGGAAUUUUUGCAGACAUGGAUUUCCGAAGGAGGCCGUGUAAUAUUCCAAUAGAGAAGUUUCCGUUCGCCGUGCAGGUGUUUAACUACGGAGCCCUCUGUGGAGGGACUGUGCUGUCCAGCUGGGCCGUCUUGACAGCUGCUCACUGCUUCCACAACAAUAAAAAUGUAAAGGAUAUCCAUUACGCCGGGUCGAUGUCAAAAUCAGGGUUGAUGGAGACUCAACUCCGCUUCGUGUCACUGGAUAAGUGUCGACGGAAGCACCGCGGCUCUCGGCUGACGGAGGACAUGUUCUGUCUGUACGGCGACGGCAAGCGCGACACCUGCCAGGGCGACUCGGGUGGACCCAUUGUAUGGAAUAGGCAGGUGGUGGGACUAGUAUCGCACGGCGAAGGAUGCGCCCGAAUGGACAAGCCAGGCAUAUACACGAAUGUUUAUUACUUCGUGCCUUGGCUGAACAAGAAAAUUAAAGAAGCUUUCAGAAAGUACUGUAUAUAUGUAUCAAGUAGGUGAUAAAAACGUACAUAAAACAUGUACCU